AUGGCUGCAAAAGUAGAACCUUCAAAUACAAAUAACACUUCAACAUGCCCUUGGGCUAAGAAAAAAACAGCACAGGUCCGUGCCUUUACUGAUGUUAUGGAUGAAGAAUUUGCACAGCAGCUUCAAAAUGAAAAUUUAAAUGAAACUAGCCAACCUUUUGUGGAAGCUGUGGAGGAGUUUGUAUCUAAAGAAACGUCAUCCAAUGAAGCCACUACAAAUGAUCUUCUAUUAGCGCAAAUGUUGCAACUUGAAUUUGACAGGGAGAAUGAUGAAUUUGUAAAAAAGCUUGAAACAAACUAUAAUGGUACUAGUAAAGUUUUGGGGGGAGAGGUGUCCAUGUCAUUUAAGAAUUUUCGCACCCUUCACCCAUAUGAUAUUGAGGAUGUAGAUGACACUGAUGAUGACAGCGAGGAAGAGGAGGAGGAUGAUGAAAUACCAGUUCCAAGUGGGAAGACAAAUUCUGCUUCUGAAAUUAUCACUAAACACAAUAGUUUAAUCUCAGAAAGAAAGAAUGCAAAAUAUGUAGAAUCGUUCCCUCUAAAUUUUGCAUCUGGAGAUGUUGGCAAAAAAGAUAUUCGCCUGCCAAACCAUGUGUACAACAAGUUGAAGACUCACUCGAUGAAAGAAGAGAGAAACAAUAUGCGACUACACGAGAAACAAGAACAUGCUACACAUAUCACUUCUACAGAAAAGGGCAAAACUAAACUGCUGAGAACCUCUUAUAAUUACUUUUUGAAAAGGAGUGGCCACCAAGAAAAAGCCCUUGAUGAGAAUACGCGACUGCUUAUAUAUAAAAUGGUAAACAGUGGUGUGUUGCAGUCAAUUAAUGGAAUCGUAAGCACUGGAAAAGAAGCUGUUGUAAUUCACGCCGACGGAGGAGAGAUGGAAGAAAAACCGCUAUCAAAAGAGUGCGCUCUCAAAGUUUUUAAGACAACACUGAGUGAAUUUAAAACUCGUGAAAAAUACAUCAAGGAUGAUCACAGAUUUCGCGACAGAUUCGCCAAACAGAAUCCCAGGAAAAUUAUAAAGCUGUGGGCUGAAAAAGAAUUUCGAAAUUUAAAUAGAAUGAAGGAUGCAGGUCUCAAUUGUCCGCACGUUGAACUGUUGAGAAAACAUAUUCUCGUCAUGUCUUUUAUCGGUGAAAAUCGAGUUCCUGCUCAAAAACUAAAAGACGCACGACUCUCUAAAGAGCAGUUUAAAAACGCAUAUGAACAGUGUAUACAGACCAUAAAAACAUUAUACGAAAAAUGCAAUCUCAUUCAUGCUGACCUCAGCGAAUAUAACAUCUUGUGGCACGACUCAAAAUGUUUCUUCAUUGAUGUCAGUCAGUCUAUAGAACCUGUCCAUCCACAAGCAUACCAUUUCUUACUGCGAGACUGUCGUAAUAUUAUUAACUUCUUCAAUAAAGUCGGAGUAGCUGAGAUUAUGAAGGAAGACGAACUAUUUGCUUACGUGUGCGGUAAACAACUUGAAAUUACAAAUCUUGAUGAAAUCGAAAACGAGUGUCAGCUACAAUUCGAGAAAAACGAGGAAUUGUUAACGUACGGUAUCGACUCGAAAAAUUAUCCCUUCAACUAUCAUUUUGAACAAUCGAAACAAAAUAUAAGGGAGAAUACUGAUACUUCGUAG